AUGGCUGCCGAUGAUGUAGCUUUGGCCCCUGGUCCCUCCCGCGCUCACCACCCAGAAGGCACUCUCGAGCUAGUGUACAUAACAGUCCUCAUCUCCUUGGGAGUGCUCGCCAUGUUCCUCCUGCAUGUGCUGGGUUCCCUACGGCGGGGGUCGAGCCACAAGCUCCUCCACGCCGUUGUACUGGGAACUUACACGCUCUCAUACUCAUUGGUGAGCUACACCCUCGGGCUCAUGCAAGAGUCGCAGUACUACUUCCACGAGUUUGCGGUGUGGGCGGUGUGCCUGCUCAUGCUCCUCGGCGGCACCGACAAUCUCAUGGCGUGCAGGCUCGACGACGUCGACAACUGGAAGAGCUUCCACGUGAAGCACCUCUUCAAGGGAGUAGUGGUGGUAAUUAUUCUCGUGCUCUAUGGGGGGGACGUGCCUGAAUUCCAGAAGCCGCUCUGGGCCAUCUUAGUUGUGAAUGUCCUCCAGUCAUGCGUGCGGAUCAAGUCCAUGAGGAUGGCGAGCAAGUCUAACCUUCUAUCCGAGAACGUGAAGCCGAUCGUCGACCACAUGAAGCUCGACCGCAACAACACGGAGUACGAUCCCGUAACCAUGAAAGGAUACAAGUACAUCGUCAGUGGCGAGCAUGUGGAAAAAAACAAUGGCGAGCAACCUGGGAAGAUCACCACCGUGGACCAGAUCUGGGGGUGCAAGGGGAGCCUGUUAUCCUCCAAGUCAGAGAGAGGCAUGAAACUCAAGGACAUCUGCCUCUCCAUGGCUCUAUCCAAGAUGCUCAACCGGCGGUUCGCCGGCUUCGAGCUAGCUGAGGUGAAGGCGAACCGUCAGAAAACACAUAACUUUGUGUUUGAUGGCCUACUGCUUGCUGGGGACAAAAAGGACAAGUAUGAGCGGGCAUUCCGGGUCAUCGAGGUAGAGCUCGGUUUUGUGUAUGACCUGUACUACACCAGGUAUCCUUUCCUCUACCAGAAGAUACGCCACUUGGCACUCUGCCUUCCGGUGGCCAUGGUUAGCUUCUGCUCGUGGCUCACCUAUGAGCUCUACAAGAAACACAAGAAAGAUGCUGACGACAUCCCUAUGACCGCCACUCUGUGCUUGAUGGCUGUUGUUACAUUCUUGGAGGCACUCCAGCUGUACCUGCACAUGGCCUCAGAUUGGUUCAAGGUAGCGUUGAUCCGGGGAUACGUCACCAGGCGUGAUGAUGUGGUAAAAACUGGCCAUUGCGUGCAUAUGAUCAUCGGCCUUUUGUUGGGAUUGAAGGCACUCCGGCCAUGGGAAAACAAGCUCGGGCAGUACUCUCUCCUCGACAAGUACGACAGCAGACGAUACACAAGCAGUUGUGUUCAUUAUAUGACACUCUUCCUGGUUGACAGGGCCAGGAAGGGGCGCAAGAGAGGGAAUCCUGUUAAGCUGUCAAAACAAGUGAAGGAAGCAGUCAUUGGUUCCCUCGUCAGCAGCAAAGGCCACCUGAGAGAUGGGGCAAGUUCACUAGAGAAGCAUGGCGUCGACGAGAAGCUAUCUUGGGCCUGCAAGUUGCCCACGGUUGCCGAAACCAUACUGGUAUGGCACGUCGCUACAACCAUGUGCAAGCACGAAUGUGAUGAUGCAUCUGCACUGGCCGAAGUCCCAGAUAGCAAUGUGGUCGACACGGCCUCCAGCUUGUCACAGUACUGUGCAUACCUCGUGGCUUUCGCGCCGGACCUCCUGCCGGGUCACAGCUUUGACUCCGCGUCCAUACUCGAUAAAUCCAUCGAAGAUGCACGCAGAUUGUUAGAUUUCAAAGGCACCAGGUCGACCAUGGAGCAAAAGUGUGCUAAACUGAAGAGCAUCGCCAACAGCAGCAAUCUGGACAUCGUCGUCGUCCAGGGCGCUCUGCUUGCGAGCCAGCUGACAGAAGAGAUCAGAAACAAGAAGCCGCAGUGGGAAUUUCUCUCAGAUUUCUGGGCAGAGAUGAUGCUCUACGUCGCGCCGUGUGACGACGCACAGGCCCGGGCGCACCUGGAGGCCCUGGCAAGAGGAGGAGAAUUCAUCACGCACCUGUGGGCGCUGCUCACACACGCCGGCGUGCUGAAGCCUGCCCCGACUGGGUCAGAGGCCGUCUGA